GGACAAGAUGCAAAUGAGAAUGCAGGUUCAGGUCCUCAAGCGAAAACGCUCUUUCUUAUCUUGGCUGAUUUCGUUCUUCUCUGCUAUAUUCAUAUGCGGCAAGACACAAAUCAAGGAAGGUCGUCGCAGUGAUAAUAAGAUUAGGAAGAAGGAGCAAAAGAAGAUGGCGAUGGUGAUGGUUGUCGACGAAACCACCAGCGACGACUGCUGCUCCUGUGUCAGCUGCAUACCCAAAUGCACUCCAAGCAAGAGGAAGGCCAAUAACAAGAAAGUAACUCUCAGUGAGUGAUCUAAUGGAAUCGAGCCAAAUUAAGAUCAGGUCUUAGUUACUGCAUGCAGGUUGCUUUGUACUAAUUACUUAAUUUGUUAAGAAAC